AGUCUCACUUCGACAGCAUCCUUUCGAGAAGGCAGUCGCAAACCAAGGAUACUCCGGUGUGGAAUUUGUGGUAUUCUAGUUGCUUCUUUUUUGUGUCAGUGAUACUCUAUUGAACUUCUGCCUUGGGAAUGGAACUGUUGCUCUGAAUUCCUCUGGAGAGUCAAAUACCAACUAAAGUGACAACUAUGUGACAUCAAAGCCAUUUCAAUGGACUGGAAGAGAAGGAUGUUAGAAUCGUAAAGUGCAGUGCAUGUGACCUGGUUGCUAUUUUCGACGAUGAAUUCCGUGUGACAAUGCAGUAUGAACGUCUCUAUGUACGGAGAGCACAGUGAGGAAGGACCCACAAAAGAACCACUCAGAUACCUAAUGAUGAAUGAUACAAAGUGCUUAUCUAUUUCCCGGAGGAAAACCGCAACGUCCGAGGCGAAAGUUGUGUGAGAAAAGUUUCCCAACUGGAAUAUCCUGCACGAACGGACCAAAGAAGAAGAACUCCUCCGAAUGUGUGUAUCUGUGAAAUGGGGUAAUAUUUCCCAAUAAGUUCCGGGCACGAUUUGUGAGUCCCCGUAGCACCUUUCGGAGUAAUCUAUCGGAGGAAAAAUCGACCAUCGAAGCAAUAAAUUCCGCCCCCAGAAAUGGAAAUCGACACAUUCCAAAAUUGAUUUGAGCCGGAAGAGACGACCAAAGUCAUAAAGCCAGCCGGCUUGCAACAAAACUUGGCGAUAAAUAAACAUCACACCGGAAGGAACGAAGGAACGGUGGUGGCCAUCAUUCGGGAAAAAGACGUUUCUGGUCAAAUCGAAAAGAAUUCAACGAGGGAGUGGUGAUGUGACGGGGACGGGUGUGAGGGCCAUAAAAAUCUACUAACGAUGAUGCCGCCUAGCCAGCGCUGCGAUAGAUGUGAACGGGUGUACGAACAUCCUGACUUGCUCUGACUUGUCCUGACUCGUUUCUCCACAGCAGCCGCCACGAUAAGAAUGAAGAAGAACGGCUGUGGCUGAAGCAACAAAAAACUGAAAAUAAAGUGAAUUGAUGUGUUUGGCGUAGCGAAAGUUCGAGGGGGGGAUCCCCCAAAGGCGAUUGUUUUCGAUAUGGAAAGAAAUGGAAAUAAAUAAACCUUCUGUUUGAGCACGACGAUGAAGUUUUGUAGCGACCUGCAAGCCAUCGCCCACCACCCCCCAACAACAACAACAGGGGUAAAAUUGUGCCAAAGUGAGUGAAAAGCGAAAGAGUCCGGGUGUGUGAGUGUUUGCGAGUCCUGGAAAAUUCAAAGAAGUUUACGUGAAUUGUGCCUCGGGUAAUCUUUCAUUUACAUUCGCGGUAGUACUCAGAGUGGUGGAAGGGAGAAGAAAAGUGCGGGAAAAAGCGCGCCGGGAAAAAUCUGCCCCGUUGUUGUUAUUGUUGUUGUGUUGUGUGCGAAAAGAAAAGGAAAUUCGACUGAGGCUGCAAGGUUGUGUUGAGCGGAGGGUGAAAGAAAAAAGCACAGAAUAGAAUGAUGCUGUCAAACAUGUUGGAUUUACGACCCGCUCUGGUGUUGACGCUUUUCACUGUGAUAGAUUUCGUCAGCACCGUGAAGGACGUCCGCGUGAACGUGCCGGCAGCCAUCCGACGUGGUGAUAGUGCAAAUUUGAUCUGCCAUUACGACAUGGAGGGCGCCGUCCUGUACACCGUCAAGUGGUACAAGGGCAAGCGAGAGUUCUUCCGCUACACACCCAAGGAGAACCCCUCGAUGAAGGCGUUCCCGGUGCUCGGCAUCACCGUCGAGCGCUCCAAGUCCAACGGAAGCCACUUGACGCUGACCGCAGUGGAGCCAACGAUGUCCGGCAAGUACAGCUGCGAAGUGUCUGCAGAUUCGCCCUCCUUCCACACGAUGGUCGUGUCCGGCGAAAUGGAGGUGGUCGACGUUCCGGUGGACAAACCGCACAUCACGGGACUGAAGCCGUACUACCGGAUGGGCGAGCUGCUCGUUGGCAACUGUUCCUCGUACAACUCGAAGCCCGCGGCCAAUCUGACCUGGUUCGUCAACAGCAAUGAGGUAAAUCCCAAACAAACCGUCCCAUAUCCCGUCGUGCGAAACCCGGAUAAUGGCCUGGAGAUCUCAACGCUAGGUCUAUUCUUCAAAAUUACACACCAUUACGGCAAUCGCGGUAAGCUGAAGUUGACCUGCGUGGCCCGGAUUUACCAGGUGUACGAGCAGAGCGCGGAACGGCUGCUGGAGGACGAGCUGCCCAAUAUGCUGGCGUCGGCAUCUGCCUCGCCGGUGGGACUCCCCGUGAACCACUUUCACGCCCUGUACGACCAUCAAUUUCCGGCGUCCUCGUACCAUCAUCACCACCACGAGGGGGGUGACCAUCCGGGCGGGGCGGGCUAUCCGGACACGGUCGGUGGCGGGGGUGACUUUGACAAUCAGAAUAGUGACGCCUACAUGACGCAACUGCAAGACAUGUCAUCGUCGGCCGGCAGUCCCUGGACCAUCAUCGGUUGCAACAGCCGGACGACGAGGACACGAUGGCCACUGCUGGCCCAGCUACUGCUGCCACUGUUGGUCCUGUCCAGCUUGCUCCAGUCCGUGCUCCAGCCUCAUCUUCUGCGAGUGGCCAGUGUUAUUAUGCAAAUGGCAUGCUCGGCGCUGCUGACGGUGGCGGCCGGGACUGCUAGGGUGGUGUUCAGGAGAACCAUGGACACAAUCAGCACUUUCCCAAAGUCCUUCUCCUGAGAGUAGCAGCCAGUCAGUAGCCAGUUGUCAACACCGGCGUCGUCGUCGUCAUCAUCCCAGCCACCAACACUUGGCACUGGAAAUCCAUCAACAGCACCGCAGCAACGCCGCAGUACGGGCGGACUUGGUGGCCACUAAUGCUGAGGAGGAGCAGAGGCGGGCAGAAAGGACACUCGACGUAUGACCGAUUUUCAAUAAGCUGGUGAUGCCACCGGAUGGACAUCAAGAUGCCAAGAUGACCAUAUUUUGUAUAAUAAGAUACCAUUACGGCGAUGUGGACAUGAGGACGAGUCGAACAAAGUGGUCUGCAAUAUGUAUGUUUGAUGUAAAUAAAUUCAGUAGCAUUAUUCGGAGCGAGCAAUCCACCAGGCUGGCGCACUAGUUGUACACACCCACUACAAUACUGUGACUCUGUUAUGGCUCUAGAACAAUUCGUAAAUAUAUGCAAUCCAUUCUCACACACACACAAUUCAGUUGGUUUACUCUAUGAAGUAAGGUAGAAUAGAAUAGUUAAUGAUAAUGACUACUGGGGGCGAACCAAAUCUACUUGGUGCAAAUGGGAUCGUGAGAACGAGUCGACCGCGGGUGCCCAUUCACAAGUUUCCCGAAACAUCACGCAUCACAGGACUGCUUGCGUUGUAUAAUUGAUAGGGAUGCACUUCGUGGUCGCGGUCCUGACAACGUUGGUAGCUUCUAAGCUUAAAAGCACAUCACCUCGUAGCUGGUUCGUGAUGCAACGCAUAUGUCCGAAAAAUUCCUCCCGGCAAAACUUCCCGACCACGUGAUGGUGCGUUCGUAAACGGGUUAUGUUGUUCCACCUUAAUGGAGCCACGGCUGGAGAUCCCUCGCACUUGAAUGACAAUAUUGACGAAUUGAGCACUGAAAUUAGACAUUAGGAUCCCUGAAGAUUUUUAUUUGUCAAAUUAAUUAGGGAAAAGUGCACCCUUGAGAAAAAAGAUUCCAUAAUUAGGCAAACUAAAAGUACAUAUGUAAAUAGCUGAUAAUUAAACUAUAGCUCUGAGAAUUGUUGUGCACACCGAACAAAACACCUACAGAAUGGAACCAAAUCAAACACUCCCACAAGAAACGCCGUGAUCGUGGACAAAAGCUUAGAAAUUAAACAAACACCCUUUACACCGCGCGUUCACCCAGCCCGAGCUAAUGGUGGCUAAUCAAUUUUCCAGCUGACAGGUAAUCACAGCGCGUGAAUAAAUCAAAUCUGUGUAGACAAUGAGAGGAUAACGAGAAUAAUCAUAAUCAAACAUUGAUAUUUAUGCAACCUG